UGGUGACUAUCAGUAUUAACGACCACGUGUGUUUUGGAUUUAGUACAUUAUUAAUCUUGAAAAUUAUUCUUUAGAUUUUUUACAUUAUACGAAUAAGAUAUGUCUGACUUAUUCAGUAAUAACUCAUCUUUCCAAGGUGAUAAGUCCAAAGAAGUGGAUGCUGAGUUACAAGAAUUUCUUUUAGCAGAAAAGCAGAAGGCACAAUUUCAAGCUCAGAUUCAUGAAUUCAACGACUUUUGUUGGGAAAAAUGUGUUGAUAAACCAGGAAGCAAAUUGGACAGUCGGACAGAAACAUGUUUGCAAAAUUGUGUUGAUAGGUUUAUAGAUGUUUCCCUUUUAAUUACAAAUCGUUUUGCACAACUUCUACAAAAAAGUGCAGGAGGCAUGUAGAUUAUUGAUUGUAAAAUAAUUGUAGCUGUUA